AUGGCGGCAGAGCUAAUCGCUGGGGUAUUUCUUCAGUCUUUCUUUAAAGUUACUUUCGACAGGUUGGCAUCCAUUGCUUUCCUCCGUGGAAGCAAACUUAAGGUUGUGCUGAAAAAACUCGAGCUUACAGUUAAUUCUAUCAACCAUGUGGUUGAUGAUGCAGAGAAAAAAAUCGCUGGAAAUUUGAACUAUUCAUGUAACAUUCUGGUUGAUAAUUUGAUGAACAAUGACAAUUUCAUCACUGUUACGUGGAUUGUCUUAUAUUGGAUGCAAGCAUGUACUAUGGAAUGCCUUUAUUGGAAGUUGAGAUUUGAGGUCAUUUUAAAAGAGUAUACUGUCGUUAUUCAAGAAUUGCAGUUCCAGAAUUUGCAGCUCCCAUCACGUGAAGACUGCAAUUUGACCGACACAACAGGAUGCAAGAUGGCAGCGUGCAACUGCAAGGAAGGUGAAGUUAUUUGGAAUCCCCCAGAAAGAUUGCUAACUUCCUCUUUGGUGGAUCCAUCAAGCAGCACAUAUGGUAGAGAUGUAGAAAAAGAGGAAAUAAUCGAAUUUUUACUUUCAGACAAUGUCACUGACAAUGUAAAGAACAAGCAGGUACCUAUAAUUAGCACAUGGCUUCGCCACUGCAUAGUGGGUUUCGGUGGGAUGGGAAAGACAACCCUUGCUCAGCUUGUGUACCAUGACCAAAGGAUGAAGGAGCAGUUUGAAUCUAGUAGAGCAUGGGUCUGUGUUUCGGAUUAUUCUAAUGUUGUUGGACUUACAAAAGCAAUUCUUGAGUCGUUUAAGUUUUCAACAGAUGCUGAAGACUUUAUACCACUCCAAGAUGAAUUGGCGGAGAGAGUAAUUGGCAAGAAAUAUUUGCUUGUUCUAGAUGAUGUCUGGAAUCUUGAUCGGGAAAGUUGGGAGGCCCUACAUGCUGCCCUUAACUGUGGAUCUCCUGGAAGUAGAAUUCUUGUCACUACACGUGAUAACAAGGUAGCAUCAGUCAUGAAUUCCCAACUACUUUGUUUAAAGGAAUUGAAGGAAAAUGAUUGCUGGAGUUUAUUUGUGAGACUUGCUUUAGGGGACAAGGAUGUAAGUGAAUAUCGAAAUCUUGAAUCAAUUGGCAGGAAAAUUAUAGAGAAGUGUGGAGGGUUGCCUUUGGCUAUAAACGUAUUGGGAAAUCUCUUGGGAGGAAAUCUGUACGAGGCUUCUUGUCACCUUGUAUGGAAUAAGAUACUGAAGUCUGAUAGGUGGAUUUUAUCGGAUAAAAAUAACAUUAAUCCGGUGAGAUUGAGUUACCAUGUCCUUCCGUCCAAUCUGAAGCGUUGUUUUGCUUAUUGUUCCUUGUUUCCCAAAGGUUACCGGUUCAUAAAGGAAGAAUUAAUCAGGCUUUGGAUGGCAGAAGGUUUGCUGAAAUGCAACCCAACAGAUGAAAGCGAAGAAGAGUUGGAUUCAAUUUCAUUUUUCCAACCAGCAGGAGGUAGAGAUGAUUGCUUCGUCAUGCAUGAUCUUGUCAAUGAUUUAGCAAAAUCGGUGUCAGGAGAAUUUUGUUUACGAAUAGAUGGUGAUAGGGUGCCAGAUAUCCCUGAAAAGACACGUCACAUUUGGUGGUGCUCUGAUGAAGUAAAAGAUGUUGAUAAAAUAUUAGAGCAAAUUUACAAAUGUAAGGGGUUACACAGAGAUAUAAAAAUAAGGGAAGAUGAUGACCCAGGCUUCAAGAUAUGCAACAAUGUUAUGUUUUCAACACUAAAAUAUUUGCGGGUGUUAUCAUUCACAUAUUGUUAUUUCUUGGAGAAGCUAGCUGAUGAGAUAGGCAAUUUGCAAAGAAGGAAGGUGUUGAGGCAGGGCAUUUUUCAACUUGGGACAGUCGAAUAUGUAGAGAUCAUUGGUAGAGAGUUUUACGGUGAUAAUUUGUCAACUGAUCCAUUCAGGUCUCUUGAAAUCUUGGAAUUUCGAGAUAUGCUCAGAUGGAAGGAAUGGUUAUGUUUGGAAGAUGGUGAAGGUUUCCCAUCUCUUAAAGAGCUUUACAUAUUCGACUGUCCCAAGUUGAAAAAUGCCCUGCCUCAACACCUUCCUUCUUUGCAAAUAUUAGCUAUUCAUGAAUGCCACGAGUUGGAGGCUUCACUUCCCGAGGCUCCUAAUAUUGUUAAGUUACGACUAAAGGGAUGUGAAAACAUUUCAGUCAAUAUAUUGCCAUCCAACUUGAAAGAAGUGGACAUUAGUGGAACUCGAUAAUUUGAGUCCUCCUUGAAGCAAAUUCUAUUGAACAAUACCUCUCUUGAAGUGUUGGAGGUUGGUGAACUUCCAAAUGUCUCCUCUUUGAAAUUGAGCUACAUUCCUCUUCCCACUCUACACUUUACAAAGGGGUACUUUUCCUCCUCGUGGCCUUUCACACUAGACAUGUUCACCAAUCUUCAUUCUCUCAAAUUGUAUGAUUGUCCAGAGCUGGAAUCGUUUCCUGAGGGAGGUUUUCCUUCCAGUCUGAGCAGCCUCGCAAUAAGGAGAUGCCCCAAACUGAUUGCUUCGAGAGAGGAGUGGAGAGAGGAGUGGGGUUUGUCCAAACUUCAUUCUCUGAAACAAUUCAUAGUUAGUGAUGACUUUGAAAACGUGGAGUCCUUCCCGGAGGAGAAUCUGCUGCCACCCAAUAUUGACCAUCUCUGUAUAUGGAGUUGUUCAGAGCUAAGAAUAAUUAACUACAGAGGAUUUUCCCAUCUCAAAUCUCUCAAAACCUUAUAUAUUUGUUUUUGCCCUUGUGUUGAGUACUUGCCAGAGGAGGGUCUACCCAACUCCCUUUCUACUUUAGGGAUUGUUGGUUGUCCAUUACUUAAGCAGCGCUUUCAGAAGGAGGGAGGAGAGCAUUGGCAUAAAAUUCGUCACAUCCCUUCUGUGAAAUUUUUCUAG